GAAGCCCAGACUGCCUUGCUUCCCCCACAGCCAGGUUCUAGGCUUGAGAGCCACCGAGGCCAAAGUGAGAGUCCGGCCGUCUUCGCGCGCCUGGGCCCCGGCAAAGGUCCUGCGAGCGAGCAGAGGUGGGAGGCAGGCGCGACUGGCUGGACCGCGCGGGGCGCCGAGGUGGUGGGACGGACCAAGCGAAAGCAAUGGUGGAGCCUCGGAAAGAGGGCUGGUGUUCGCAGGCAACCGCAAACAGGUUGGAGGUGGGGAUGCAGCAAUCUUGUGUGCAGAGCCCAGGUGGAGCGACCCCAUUACGCUAAACAUGAAAAGCUGGGGUUGGCUGGCCCUGCUUCUGGGGGCCCUCCUGGGAACUGUCUGGGCGCGAAGGAGCCAGGAUCUACAUUGUGGAGCUUGCAGGGCUCUAGUGGAUGAACUAGAGUGGGAAAUUGCCCAGGUGGAUCCCAAGAAGACCAUUCAGAUGGGAUCUUUCCGGAUCAAUCCAGAUGGCAGCCAGUCAGUGGUAGAGGUACCUUAUGCCCGCUCAGAAGCCCACCUCACAGAGCUGCUCGAGGAGAUAUGUGACCGAAUGAAGGAGUAUGGAGAACAGAUUGACCCUUCCACCCACCGUAAGAACUAUGUACGUGUUGUGAGCCGGAAUGGAGAAUCCAGUGAACUGGACCUACAAGGCAUCCGAAUUGAUUCGGAUAUCAGCGGCACCCUCAAGUUUGCGUGUGAAAGCAUUGUGGAAGAAUACGAGGAUGAACUUAUUGAAUUCUUUUCUCGAGAGGCUGACAACGUUAAAGACAAACUUUGUAGUAAGCGAACAGAUCUGUGUGACCAUUCCCUGCACAUAUCUCAUGAUGAGCUAUGAACCACUGGAGCAGCCCAGACUGUCUUGAUGGAUCACCCCCAGGAGGGGAAGAUGGUGGCAUUGCCUUUUAUAUUAUGUUUUUAUGGAAAUGAACUGAAAAAAUAAGAAACCAAAAGAACAAACUGUGUUAUCUUUUCAUGACAAGAAUCGACCCUUACAUUAAGCUUGAAGAUAGUGGAUUGCACACAGGCAAGAAAAUGGAUGGGAAGGAAGAGCUUGGGAUGGCACAAAGUUAGAAGGGCCUGACUCAUUAAUAUUACCUUAUUAGAUUCCAUUCUUCUUACAGAACAGUUAACCAUUUAUUCAGUGUGCGUUUAGUGCAGUGUGUGAAUAGCUAUGAAUAAGCAGGGGAACAUAAGUGAUGGUAGUAUAAGAUUGUAGAGAUUCCUGUAUUUAUACUGAUAAAACAUAAAGACAGGACUGAGAAUGUAGUUUAGUUACAGAGUUAAAUCCUGCAAACACACACAUACGAACAUAUAAAGACAGAGUGUGGUCUUGAAAGAAAUAAUGGACAUUUAUUAUUCUUCCUUCCUUGCCCUUCUAGAUGGAGGGACCAGAACAGAGACAGGAAGGGGAAAAUGGAUGUGACCAACUCAGCUGAAAAGUAAGGGCUUUAUCGGAUAGGGACAGAUGAGGUAAGAAUAUUACUUAAUGCAAGGCCUUGCUUCCUAGCCUAAGCUUUUAGGUUUGAUGUGAACAUCACUACCUAUUGUCGUUCUGGGCUUACAAGUCCACGCCCCUUGUGUGUAGAGUUUCUGUACUGGGCAUAGGGAUGAAAAUCUAAAUACUUCCCUAAGAUCCUGAGUUCAAUCUCCGGUACCAAAAAAAACAAAACAAAACAAAACAAAAAACACACAAAACAAAAUCUAAAUACUUAUCUUUGGAAACUUUUUAAACAAAGUGGUUCUAGGAUAUCUGGGCAUUUAGAAUGGAACAUACAUCUCUGUCCCAGGAAUGCCCCGAGGAGGAAAUGUGAAUAAACAUUUCAAAGGUUAGUUUUUUGUUUGUACCGGGGAUCGAACUUGGGACCUUGCACUUCCAAGACAGGUGAGGCAGGCAGCAGCACCACGGAGCUAAAUCUCCAGCCCCAAAGAUUAGUUUCUUAAUUACAGCAUUUUAGAAUCUAAAGGGACACCUUAGAGGUCAUUUAGUUCAGCUGAGCCUGUUUUAUAGAUAAAUAAAUUGAGAUCCAGAGAGAACCCACAGAUCUCUAAGUUCUGUACAUAAGUGGCAAAACUGAAUUUUUUAACUAACUUUCCCAGGUGCCAAUCUGACCUAGUAUAGCUAUGAACUAGCCUCUAUUUUUUCCCUUCUUUUUGACUUACAUUAAUCUUGGCCCACAGAAUGAAUGUAGUUUUCAGCAAAGCU